UCUUCUCUCAUUUGCUUAGGAGAGAGAGGGCAGGGCUGUGACUUGAGGCGACUCCAUGAAGAAUUCCUCCUGGAAUCACUGAGCUGGCUUGCUGGGGAGGACGUUGGGGGAGGGGACCUGCCACGUUCCAGUAGGGAGGCCCCCCGCGGCGGGGACUGGAGUGGGGCUGCUGAGCCUUGUGCUGUGAACUGUGAACUGGUAACAGGCUGGCCCCUCUCGAUGAGGCUGCUGGCCCGCGUUCUCUGCCUCCCUGGGCUCGCGGGUGGGCAGGCCCCUGCCCGGAAAUGUUUUGCACUCGGGAGCUGCACCGGGUCACCCCGGAGAUGGUGGGCUCCUGUUCCGGCUGCCAGAAGCAAGUCUGGACACGUUGUCUCUGGAAGAAUCAUGCGGCCGGAUGACGCCAACGUGGCCGGCAACGUGCACGGAGGGACCAUCCUGAAGAUGAUCGAGGAGGCGGGGGCCAUCAUCAGCACGCGGCACUGCAACAGCCAGAACGGGGAGCCCUGCGUGGCCGCCCUGGCCCGGGUCGAGCGCACCGACUUCCUGUCGCCCGUGUGCAUCGGCGAGGUGGCGCACGUCAGCUCGGAGAUCACCUACACCUCCAAGCACUCGGUGGAAGUCCAGGUCGACGUGAUGUCCGAGAACAUCCUCACAGGCACCAAAAAGCUGACCAACAAGGCCACCCUGUGGUACGUGCCCUUGUCGCUGAAGAACGUGGACAAGGUCCUGGAGGUGCCUCCGUUCGUGUACGCCCGGCAGGAGCAGGAGGAGGAGGGCCGCAGGCGCUACGAGGCCCAGAAGCUGGAGCGCAUGGAGACCAAGUGGCGGAACGGGGACAUCGUCCAGCCCGUCCCGAACCCAGAGCCGAGCACGGUCAGCUACAGCCAGUCCAGCCUGAUCCACCUGGUGGGGCCCUCGGACUGCACGCUGCACGGCUUCGUACACGGAGGCGUCACCAUGAAGCUUAUGGAUGAGGUGGCCGGCAUCGUGGCCUCGCGUCACUGCAAGACCAACGUAGUCACGGCCUCUGUGGACACCAUCAACUUCCACGACAAGAUCAGAAAAGGGUGGGUCAUCACCAUCUCCGGGCGCAUGACCUUCACGAGCAACAAGUCCAUGGAGAUCGAGGUCCUGGCGGACGCCGACCCCGUGGUGGACGACUUGGGCCAGCGCUACCGGGCCGCCAGUGCCUUCUUCACCUACGUGUCCCUGAGCCCCGAGGGCAGGUCGCUGCCCGUGCCCCAGCUCGUGCCUGAGACGGAGGACGAGAAGAAGCGCUUCGAGGAGGGCAAAGGGCGGUACCUGCAGAUGAAGGCGAAGCGGCAGGGCCUGGCGGAGCCGCAGCCCUAGGUGCCGCCCCCCGCAGCCGGGCCGAGCGGCGGGAGCGGCCUGCACCUCGCCACCUAGGAGUCGUCACCCCGUUGGCCACAAACCCGAUCCACGCUGAGAGCUGGUGUUGUGUGCAGUAUUCGUCCCACAGUGUUAGCCCGUCCCCCCGGAAACCUCACACCAAAGCUUUAUUUAUGUCACUCGCGUGCCCGUGCUGCGCGGCACUGCCCCCGACCCCCGGCGGCGGCGGUCCCUGGGGCCCGGGGCGCGGUCCCGGGGCCACCGUGCGGUCCUCGAACACUCCAGUGUCGCUAAUAAAGCUGCUGUUUGGCUGGA